GGUGAAGUGUCCGUAACUGGCCACUGGGUGUCAGUGUCGCGUCAGGAAACGCUGCGUCGCCGCAGAAGAAGAGUGUCCUUCACAACAGCCAACAUGGCUACCGCUACAAGAAUCAUCCAAAGGCUUCGAAAUUUCCUCUCGGGGCAUGACCUGCAAGCCAAACUUCAGCUGAGAUAUGAAGAAGUCGCUAAAAGGACGCAGCCACCACCCAAGCUGGCGGUGGGUCCCAGCCACAAGUUUGCAGACAACUAUUAUUUCACCAGAGAUGGACGGAGAGAGUCGAGCCCUGCUACCGUGGUCAUGUCGUCGCAGAAAGCACUCACCGCUGGAAGCCAAGCUGCUGAAGUUCCCGCCAAAGGCCCCGUGACCCCUGGUCCUGUGUACAAGUGGCCCUCACUCUCCACUGAUUAGCUCUACCGUUUGAGCAGCGCAGUCAGCGUCGGAAUCUGCUUCUGAAGCCUCACCAUGUCUGCUGGUCCUUUCUGUAACAUAGAAAAUGUGAAUAAAAUGUGUUUAAUAUUC